AUAUUUCAGGGUGUCUACUGACCGGGAAAUUCGGGAAAUUCGGGAAUUGUACAUGAGUUUCACAACCCGGGAAAAAAACGGGAAUUGUACAUGAUUUUUGCUUAGUGUACGGGAAUUUUUUUUCUUUGCUCGUGCAAUUUUCAAAGUGUUUCCACUUUUAAAUAUAUCUCAAUACAGAAGCCUUCGCACAGACCAAUAAGAUUUAUGUCAGUUGCUUGAUCAGAAGUCCAAGAACGGACUGAUAAUUUUAGCUAAAACAUACUAGAGACUCGUAAUUGCUUUAGCUUCUAAUGCACGUCAAUCCGUACUUCGGUCCAGAGAUGUGAGGGGAAUAUUAAGAAGAAUUUGUUGGCGACACUGUAUUUUCUCUCGCUCUGUUUUUCAUUUCGUCAGUAGUUUCAACGUCUCUAGUAAUUCACUUUGUUGUUUACCUACCUAAUCAGGGCUUACUGCGUAAUAAUUUACUUUUUUUUCUCUUUAAGGAUGCCUUAGUUUUAUGUUGCGUGUGUUUACCUAAUCAGUGCUUACUACGUAAUAAUUUACGUUUUUUUCUCUUUAAGGAUGCCUUAGUUUUAUGUUGCGUGUGUUGUUUACCUAAUCAGUGCUUACUGCGUAAUAUUGUACGUUUUUUUUUCUUUGAGGAUGCCUUAGUUUUAUAUUGCGUGUUUUUUGAAGCGGAUUUGAAACAUACGUGAUUCCUUUAUACUUGCCUCAAUGGCUAGGCGUAUUCGAGGAAGAAAUUCAUUUCAACCACAAUGGAAGGAAGAAUUUCCAUGGCUGCAAGAAGUCGAUGGAAGCAAUCAUUCUGCCAGGUGUUCAGUCUGUAGAACUAUUUUCUCGGUUGAGUCCAUGGGAAGAACAGCUGUUGUCAGUCACUCAAGUGGUAACAAACACAAACUUAGAUUAAGUAGCUCUGAGAAGUCCACCUCUCUUGACACGUGGACUACAAAAGCCGGUUCAGUUCAUGUGGCAACUGCAGUAGCAAAUGCUGUAGCUGAAGCUUCCUCUGUGUCUUCACUAUCGAAGCUCCCUUCAUUAGGUUUGGGCUCUACUGUUGCUAGUAGUUGUGAAGUUUCACAGGUAGGGCACCAAGUAAAACAGCAUACUGUAUCAACCAACCGUGGUUUAAGUAGUUAUCUUAAAAGAGAUGAAGUCACACGUGCUGAAACAUUGUGGUGCCUCCAAACAGUCAUGAACCACGAUUCCCUCAGAGGAGCUGCUAGUAGUGUUAGCCUCUUCAAAAGAAUGUUUCCGGACGAUUAUAUUGCUAACAGCAUGCAACUUCAAAAAGAUAAGAUUUCCUAUGUUAUAGUAUAUGGUCUAUCUCCUUACUUCCAUAGUGAACUUAAAACUCGCAUUAACAGUUGUGACUUUUUUAGCUUGGGUUUUGACGAAAGCAUGAAUAAAGUAGCACAAAAGCAACAAAUGGAUUUGUCUGCAAGAUUCUGGGACAUUUCACAAAACAGAGUAUGUUCUCGUUAUGUAACAUCAGUGUUCCUGCAUCACACCACUGCUGAAGAUCUUCUUAAAGCUAUAAAAGCAGGCCUAGAAGAUUUGGAUUUUUUGAAGAUCAUUCAAUUGUCGAUGGAUGGUCCUAAUGUAAAUUUCAAAUUAUUGAAACUUUUGGCUGAAGAUACCCGAUCUUUUCCAGAUGCUCCACAAUUUCUUGACAUUGGAUCUUGUGGACUGCACACUGUUCAUAAUGCAUUUAAGACUGGUAUCAAGAAGACUUGUUGGGACAUAAUGGAGUUCUUCAGAGCUUUAUACUAUUUGUUCAAAGAGGCUCCGGGUCGACGAGGCGACUAUACACAGGCCUCUGGAUCUAAUGUGUUUCCUCUGAAGGUAUGCUCAAUCCGCUGGGUUGAGAAUGGAAGAGUAGCAAAAAGAGCUAGGGAAAUGUUGCCACAUGUUGACAAAUACAUAAGUUCAGUUAAAGGCACAGCCAAGGAACCAACAUGCCGUAGUUUUUCAACAGUUUCAAAGGCAAUUAAAGAUAAUCUUCUUACAGCUAAAAUAGCUUUUUUUGAGGGACUGGCUGAAAAUGUGGAGGAAUUCUUAAAGGAAUUCCAAUGUGAUGCUCCAAUGGCACCAUUCCUCUAUGAUGCUUUAACAGUUUUAGUGAAGCAUGCUAUGACGAAAAUUGUCAAGAAGAAUGUUCUUGAGAGUACUUCUCUUCAAAAAAUAGACGUUUUGAAGCAAAAUGAGAGCAAUUCAUUUAUCUGUCUUAAAGACAUUAAAAAUGUUGACCUUGGUUAUGGGACAAGGUUAGCUUUGGGAAAGUGCAAGAACGUCUCCGAAAAAGAUAUUUUACUCUUUCGUAAAGAUUGUCGCACUGCUCUACAGCAUUUUGUAGUAAAACUAAUGCAAAAGUCUCCUCUGAAAUAUCCUUUGACCAAAGCAUUAAAUUGUCUGAACCCAUGCCACAUGUCUACAAAUGCUGAUGCUUGCAAACAACUUACAUCUGCUCUUGAAAUUGUUCUUAAAGCAAAUCUUUUUUCUGCUACCACAAUAGAAAGGGCUGACCGUGAGUACAAGGUUCUGUGUUCACAACCACUUGUAAUGGAAGAUCUGAAGACAUAUUCACGAUCCGAGACUCGACUGGACGCGUUCUGGAUGAAGUUGAUAGAUGGUAAAAAGGAGUAUGAAAACCUCGUUCCAGUAGUUAAACUUCUCCUAACCGUAUCACAUGGGAAUGCACCCUUAGAGCGUGGAUUUUCUGUAAAUAAAGAGAUUUUAGUAGAAAAUAUGAAAGAAACGUCUGUCAUUGCACAGCGUCGUAUUUAUGACCAUGUAACCUAUGAGGGUGGAUUGAUGAAACUUGACAUUACAAAACCCAUGAUUCUUUCAGUAAGAAAUGCGCAUUGCAGGUAUACAGAAGCACUCAAUGAACAACGACAAGCGAACGCAGAUGCUAUGAAACUUUCGGAGGCAAAUAAACGUGCUGCUGCUGAGCUUCGAGAGCUUAAGGAGAAGAAAAGGAAGUUGAUUGAGGAUGCUGAACGAGAAGUGUCCAUCAUCAACGAACGUGUUAAGGAGCUGCAGAAAUAAGUACCAUAACUUACUUAGAAUUGAAAUCGAGUUUUCGGACUAUUGUGGACCUGUGAAAUAAUUUUGUCAUUUACAAAAAAUUGAAGGCUAGAAUUUAACUUUUCAUAAAAAUUGUAUUUUUGUGUUAUCAAUGGUGUAAUGUAUAAAAUAUUACAAGGUCACUUAUGUUUUUAUCAUAAUUUGUUUUGAAAAUAGUGUCGUGUAGUGUGUUUAUAUUGUUUGUAUAAAUGUCACAGUGUUGAGGCAGAAGUGUUAUAAGGUAUACAGCUGAACUUUAUCAGGAUACGUUACUAAAAGGGUUGUUACCACGGACAGGUUUUUAAAUAAACCUUUUAAGACCAAGUGUUCAGGCAUGUGUAUGUAUGCUUGCAUAUGUUUGUAAAUUUUGUUUAAUCAUCUUUAUUUUUGUAAAUCUUCUGAAUAUCUUUGCAAAUUAAAUUUUUGAAACUUAGAAAUUACUAUAAUUUAGUUUCUGUUAUGUCAGUAAAGUGCAAAACUUUUGUACAGGAAUUUUCUCAGAAGUGUACAGGAAUGUACAGAAAUUGUACAGGAAUUUUGCUAGCUCAGUUUGGUAGACACCCUGUAUUUUUAUAAUUUUGUAGGUAUCAGUUUAAUGAAAAAAUUAAUAAAAGACCGCGACCUGAUCAUGCACUAUUUUGAGCAUCCUUCAAUCUUCUUGAUUAUCAAGUUAACAAGUUGGCAGGUCUGUUAUUUAUUUUGAUAAUAAUAACGAAAAGUACAAUGCAGAGAAGUUUUGCGUUCGAUUGAAAAAGGUUAAAAGUUCUAUAAAACAGAAUGGCGGAUGUGAUACCACAAUUGAAAAAGGUGGAAAGUUCUAGAAAACAAAAUCGCGUGAUCCAAGAUGGCUACCAUAAGUGACCUAAUCUAAGAUGACAAGAUAGCCGCCUCCAGUAGAGAGCGACUGUAUAAUUUUAUUAACUUUUUAUUAUUUAUUUUCGUAAUAAAUAUACAUUUUUAAACUGGUGGACACAAAGAAAAAUGUGUAACACAUAUGAGUAGGAUGUUCGAUGAAGUAACGAAAGAUUAAACACACAAGAGUGGAGCAUUCGAUUGAAAAGGGCGGAGAGUUCUAGAAACCAAAAUGACGGGGAAAAAUUAUACUUCAAAAAGGGUUAUAUUUGUGCAUAAUGGGGCCUUUUGAGGUGUUUUUUGUCGCUCAAAAUGGCGUCAUCCUCAAAGGCCGCCGGAAUUGACGUAAUCAAGAUAGCUAUCGUGGCUACCUAAAUCCGAACCUGAAUAAAUAGGCUAAAUGACUGGUAUAGGUUAAACUAGCACUAUACAAAAUAGGAGAAUAGACCCUCUUUGGGGAUCCUUCGCCCCUUCGACCCCCCCCCCCCCCAGCUGUGUGCUCAUGACCACCCCCUGGGGAUCUUGCACUCCAGAUAUUUUUUAAGGGUAAAAAAGGGAAAUUUUCUCUCGAAAAGGGUAAAUUUGUGUGCCUAAUAAGGUGUUUCUUGUCGCAGGAAGUGACGUAAUCCGCGAUGGCCGCAGAAAGUGACGCCAUCAAAGAUAGCCGCAGUGGAUCCCUAGACCUGCUACCAGUGCACCCAUACAUACUAUAUUCACCUACUCCCGAAACAUCGAGAAUGACUCCAAGUAACGUUCUCUAAGCUCGGCAGCAUUCUCGUAGGCCCACAGAAUUCCCAGGCUGCUAAAUGAAUCAUUGACAAUAUACCGAGGCCGGACAGUAAACGGGGAGAAGAGGGUGAUGGGUAGUGUGGCCGGGACCCUUGUAAUCCGGCCGGGCACGCAUGACAUGCGUGACUUCAGCGCCCUUGCGGGGGCGCUGGUCAGACUCGCUGGAAGGCCCGCUCAGGUACCUGGCACGCGUCGUGGCCUUGCCUCCUAGCACGCAUGUAACAAUACAUUAUAAAGUAUACUACUGUUUGUGGAUACAUAAUAUAUUAUUAAUCUGAGGUGUUGAGUUUCAUGCUAUAGAAGCACAGUCGCCAAUUUAGUCGCCAAUUUUGUCGCACUGAAUAAAAACUUUGUUAAUAAAAAUAAGUGCUCCUUCAAAAAUGUAUGGCAAUGAAACAUCAAAAUAAUGACGCAAUUUAUUGCCACCUUCAAUUCAAAACCUCACAAACCACCUCGUUUAUUCAAUAAAGGUGCAUAAAGUAAAAAAAAAUGUGUUUUGUCUAAAUUGUGUAUUUUAAUUCACUGUUCUCAGUAAAUAAAAAAAUAGUCACGUAUAGGUAUUAAAAUUCCAGAUUUAAAAUAAAAUAUAAUUUCUUGCGUAAUAUAAAUAAAAUGUUAAUAUAUGCAACUACCACUAACAUAAUGGUAAUAUAUAUUACAAAACAAUAAACACAAAUUUUAACAACAAAAAACCGACUUAAAAACUAUUCCAAAACAAAUUAAUAUGCAUUAAAAAGUAAAACAAUAAUUGUAUAUUAUUCUACAACUUAAUAAUCAACUUACUUUUUCUACUCAUCAAUAUGUAGGUACAAUCUAUGUGUUUACCACGCAAGAAGGUAGGUAAUGAAAUUUCGGCACUACAGCUUGAAAUUCAGUCCAUCCUUAAUACUAAAUAAUUCAAUUGCAUUUUAUUAGUCCAUCACGAAUCUUGUCCAAAAGAAGUCUCUACAGUGUAAAGAGAAGCAAAAAGAUAAAUUAGCCAAACUGACGAGUAUGGUGAACACAAAAACACAUCCCACAACACAGAAAAUUAACACUGUCGUUAAUUAUUCAUCUUCAAGAAAGCUGUCCAAGAGCGAGGAAAAUGUUCUACAAAAAGGCCUCAAUUUCAGCAUUGUUCCACGACACAUUCCUGCACUUGACAUAGUUUCAUCAGUUGAGAGUGUAAUAUACAAACUUCCUGCCGCCAAACAAGAUGAAUUUCGUUGGAAUGUGCGUACAGCAAUCACCUCAGCUGGUCCACCUAAACCAAAUCUGCCGCCUGAUGAACUCAAGGCCAUCAAAUCUUUGAAAUCCGACCAUACCAUUGUAAUCCUCCUAGCUGAUAAGGGUCGUGCUACAGUCAUACUUGACAAACCAGACAGACUAUGACCAAAAAAUUACUGAUUUGAUCACCACAGAUCAAUAUACAAAACUGGAAAAGACCCCACAGCCAGCAUUGAAAGAAAAGUGUACCAAACUCUAAAAAAAACAUCAGAAUCACAUCCCAGAAAAAACUAGAUCAGAACUGACGCCACACAGCAGUAAAGUACCCCACAUUUACGGUCUUCCAAAUAUUCAUAAACCCGACAUGCCUCUGCGCCUGAUCAUCAGUUGUUGUAAUUCCCUAUGCCAGAAACUAUCAAAAUAUCUCAUGAAAAUUGUUGAGCCACUAGCAGGACAGACAGAUACUUUUGUCAAAGAUUCCAAUCAUUUCAUUUCUAUAGUCAAAACACUGAAAAUAGAAAAAAAUGAUACCCUGGUGAGUUUUGUCGUCCAAAGCCUCUUCACCAAUGUGCCAGUAGCCGAAACACUCAGCAUUGUCAAGGCCAAAUUGGAGGCUGAUCCAACUCUAAAGGACAUAUCUAUAAUACCAAUCCCAUCCAUCAUGGAAACGAUUAGGUACCCUCUGUCACCACGACAUAUUUCCAGUUCAAGGAUAUUUUCUACAAACAGACCGAUGGCAUGGCAAUGGGCUCUUUUCUUUCACCAUUUAUGGCCAAUAUAUUUAUGGAAAACUUUGAGCAAGAAGCACAUAGCAAAAGUAAUAGCCCUCCUAAAAUCUGGCUCUGUUAUGUAGACAACACCUUCACUGUCUGGCAACAUGGACUUGGAACUUUGGAGGAAUUUGUGAACCACCUUAACUCCCUGAGGCCAUCAAUAAAGUUCACCUAUGAAAAAGAAACCAAUGGCAGCAUUCCUUUCCUGGAUGUAAUAGUCAGCAGAUAAAACAACAGUCUGGAAACCAAAGUAUACAGGAAACCUACGCGCACAAGCCCAAGCCAAUACCUUAAUUUUGCAUCCAACCAUCCCAAAACAACAAAAACUGGCAUAAUUCACACACUAACCAACCGAGCUGAGAUUAUUUGUUCUGAUGAGAAAUCUAUUGCGGUUGAACACAAUCAUAUAAAAAAGGAACUCAUAGCCAAUGGUUACCCUGUCAACACCAUCAAACAGCAUAUGAAAUCUAACAAAACACUCAAAUCCACAGAAACCGAGAAACCGGCAGGAACCUUAGUCAUCCCGUAUGUUCAAGGGCUUUCAGAAAAAUAAGAUGCCUGGGAAACAAAUAUGGACUUAAAACAGCAUUCCGUUCUAAAUCUUCUAUUAAAAGUAUUGUUACCAAUGUGAAACCAGCCACAGAAAAAUUACAAACUCACAACUGUGUGUAUCAGAUCCCCUGUGAAUGUGGCCACAUGUACGAUGGUGAAACUGGCAGAGCUCUAUCCACCCGAAUCAAAGAACACAAAAACAACUGCAAGAAGGGUGAAACCCUAAAAUCCAGACUUGCUGAACAUACAUGGGAACAUAGCCACAAAAUUCUCUUUGAAGACUCCACACCACUCAGACAGGAACCCGAUAAAAUAAAAAGGAAAAUCAAAGAAUCAGCUUUCAUUAUUAGCAAUAAAAAUAUUUUUAGCCAGCAGAGAAUUGAAUUAAAAAAAAUAUGUGGAUCCCUUUGAUUAAGAAAGAAACAUCCCUGCAACACAAAACAAUAGCCUACUGAACCUACCAUAACCAAUUCGCUUUAACUCCAUGGUGCACAGCCAAUGGGGAAUCAGCUUGUCUGCCAUUGGCUGAGCAAGAUGUAGUCCAUUCUGUGAUAAAUACCCUCAUUUCUCCAGCCCCUACACACUAAGCACCAGGCAGUGGUGCAGAGAGGUCAGCCUCUCUAAGGCCUAGCUUCGAUCUAAUGAUCAGUGUUUAUCAGCCACCACUGCCCUUAGGUUUUAGGCGACCGGCGGGUCGGAUAGCCCGCGAACUGGAACCGCGACAGGGAUGGCGACCAACAACACAAUCCAGACCAGCGCGGCCAUGGAAACACAAACCACGAACACCAAACGACCUCGAGAUCAGGAUACUGAACAUCAACAGGCGGGGGUGGGGAAAAAGGUUCCGCGCAGCAGGUCAACGGGACACCAAAGCAGGCGACCGAAAGAACUAGGAAACAACGAAGAUGCGCACACAACCAGACGCGAUACAACGCACACACAGACGGCAGGACUGUCUGGAAUACCUGCACAUGACAACAUUUACAGUCAUCUGGUAAAUCAAAUACCAGACGACACAGCACCGCAAGACCACAGACAUAGACACAGGCAACCCAAAACAGGUACAAAGGUGUGCCUAUCAUAGUUCGAGACACCACAAAGCUCAAACAGAUUGCGGAACACCUAACCCUACACAGAGUAAGAUUCUCAAACACCAUCACCCGGCGUAGGGAACUGCGGCUCAGCUUUGAGUCCAGAGAGGGUUACUUGGCAGCCCUAACUUUUCUCAAGGCAAAAGACAUUCCACACCACACAUUCGCGCACCCGGAAGAGCGAAACUCGAAGGUUGUGAUAAAGGGCCUAUACCCAGAGGUCACGGAGACAGAACUGGCCACGGAACUCACACAAUUGGGGUUCACAGUCAUUGACACCAGAACUUUCUGGUCACACGACACGAUGCAACAGGGACGCCCACACAGACUCAUUCAGGGACUUUUUGCGUGACCAUUGCAGCCACGGAAAAAAACAUCAUGGAAGUCAGGACUCUGUACUACACAAGAGUCACAAUUCAUAAAUACCAAGCCCGACCACAGGAUAUCGCCCAGUGCAAACGCUGUGGCGAAUUUGUUCACACACAAACGCGCUGUACUAAACCACCACGAUGCGUACGAUGUGGGGAAAAUCACACUAGGGGGGACUGCCAGAAAGACCAGGACGCAGACAAGUUCUGUUUCAAUUGUAAGGUGCGGGGCCACACUGCAGCCUGGAAGCAGUGCCCAGUGUUCCUCAAACUAGUAACAAGCAGAACAGAGCGCAAAGCCGGACAGCCACAGCACCAGACACAACAACAGGGGCCACAUGCGCAGCCAGGCGGAGAUCCCCUCCACCCUCCGCUCUCGCACAGCCGCGCGCCCAGGUGGUCAACAAGCCGCAGACGCAGCCACAAACAACAACCACUGAGAUGACACGACCGGAACGCAAAUACUCACAAGCGGUGAAAGAACCACGCACCACACACACUCCAUCACAAAACAGAAUUGAAGAAAACACAUUUAGUGACAUGUUCGAGCUGGUGGAAAUUCUAAAACUCUGCAACUUUACACAGCUCAUCGCACAACUCAAACCACAUUUCGACAAAAUCCGAGCUGCGACAUCUCUACAAGAAAAACAGUUUAUAUUAUUGUCUGCACUCAUGAAUCUCUCUACACCUUAAAAUGGCACAGAACCCGGGGAAGUCUUUACAGGUCCUAAUAUCGUAUUUUGUUGGUCGCCACCAGGUAGCAGCAGGGAUUAUUUUUUUCUUUAACUAAAAUAUUUUCAGUGCCAGGGUUGGGAUUCGAUCCAUGGGACGUGAAAACGUCUAGGAUGUCGAGGUUAGAAAGCAGGCACCUUACCAACCAGACCACGAGACCAGUAGGGAUAUAGUGGAAUAAAUAAUCUAUAUAUGCUACGUACUGACAGCAAGUUUAUGAUAAAAGGGGGGAGGGUUUUUUUCCCUUCCUUAAUGCAUACCUAAGGCUCCACAUUUGAAAUUCAAAUUAUUAUACUGCCGCCAUCUUUAAUUUCAGCACAGACUACCAGAUGGCGCCAAAUUCAAAUAUUAGUUAGGGAGUCCGCAGACAGAUGUCGCACGCCGCCAUCUUGGUUAUAAAGUUGGCUGGUAGAUGUCGCUAGUAUCGCGCCCAAAAUUCAAAAGUUAGUUGACAGAGGUGCCGCCAUCUUGGUUAUAAAGUUGGCUGGUAUAUGCCGCUAGUAUCGCGCGCCAAAUUCAAAAAUUAGUUGCCAGAGGCGCCGCCAUCUUGGUUCUCAAGUUGGCUGGUAGAUGGUGCCACCAUCGCCAUCAUCUAGUUCAUAUAAUCGAUACCAGAUGACGCCACCGUAGCCAUCUUUAGUUCCUAGUGUUGCUACCAGAGCACGCCACUGUCGCCAUCUUUAUUUCUUUAAGUUACCACUGGAGCGCGCCAAAUUCAAAUUCAAAAACCUAGUAGAUAGCGUCACUAGCAACCAUAUUGGCCGGAGAGGUGUGGCAUGAUACGUCAAAGUAUACGUACCCUUAUGCGCAUCAGACACACACAUGAGAAUUUUCAUUGUCAAAGUCCGUAAAUGUAGGCUAAUAGGGGAUUACUCGUUUAACUGUAUAUACCUAUUAAGUAAAUAACCUACAAGUGUUAUGUAGUCAGUCGAGACAAGUCGGGAACGAGUCGGGGGGACAAGACGAGACAAGUCGGUAGCCUGUAUUCACCAAGUUCUCCGUUGCCGCCAUCUUUAAUGCAUAUAGUCGCUACCAGAUGGCGCCACUGUCGGCCAUCUUUAAUUCAAGGCAUUGUCGCCGGAUGGCGCCAAGUUUGAAUUUAAAAACCUACAAGUGUUAUGCAAUGUGUAACCAGUCGAGGCAAGUCGAGAUAAGUUUGGAACCUGUAGCCAUAUUCUAAACUAUGUUUAUUAUUUAUGUAUGCCUUUAUAUGUUUAGGUUUGAUGAUAGAGUACUUAUAAAAUAUUGGUGUUUUGAAUAGUGUUGUGGAGUCUCUCUCUUCUCGUAGUGGCAGAAGACAUCUCGAAGGUAGUGUUAGAAUUUAUGUAUUAAAGCAAUCACUCUAGCUGAGGAGGUUAAUAACUUAUAGUUACAAUUUUUUUUUUAAAUACUCUGAAUUCAAAACAAUUUUUAAUAAGAGGGACCAUUAAAUGUUUUUUUUUGAAAUUAAAGCAAACAUCGUAAAUGUUACACAUAUUUAUUUAAAUCUUAUUACAAACAAGGGAUAAGAAAAAUAUCUGAUUUAAAAGAAGUAAAUAAUGAGUAAUAAAAAUUACAUAUAUUCACACACUACACAUCAUAGUGAAAAAGUCAACAUAACCUGUUUACAUAAACCAGAGACCCAAUACCUAAAUAUUAAGCAUAACUACAAAUUACAUAGAGAAUAAUAUACUCUGAAAUACAUAAUAAAGAGAAAAUUAUAUAAAUAACAUUAUACUUUGCUUAAUAGUUCCAGAAGUAAUGAACACUCUGCUACACGAGCAAUUUCAACAGUUCUUUCAUCACUAGUGUUUUCUGUGGAACAUACUUGAGUGGUGUCUUCACUGAUCGGACCUAGAUGACUGAGAUCUCGGGUUUGACUCUUGCGAGAUGUACGAAGGCGAAGCUGACGCCGGCGUUUAUGCUGGAAUGCUACUGAUGUGGUAGGUGCUGGCGAUGUGGGACUCAUCUGGGUACAGGCAGUCGAUGUCUGUACUGACGAAGUCUGAUCACAUGCAGAUGCUGGCGGUGACUGAAUAGCUGGUAGGUUGAAUGCAUGUGCAAAAACCUCUUCAGGCGUUGCAGGGAGAACUGUAUCGUCUCUCAUCAUAUUCACACAACAAUGUCCUUAGCCCAGACAGUUGAUAACUUCUAGAGGCAUAUCUUGAGGCCCUUGGUUUAAAACAUGUUUCACGUGAAACACAGCAUCACAACUCUUCGAAAAAAUGUUUUAAAACCCCGUCGAUCCACUCACUAUAAUCAACAGUGCCUAGCCCAGGUGUUACACUGGAGUAUAUCCUGUUUGGUUGAUAGUUAGACAUCUUGGUUAACUACUUCUGCUGUAGGUCCUUACACCACCACAGUUUCAGCUCGACUGCCAUCGCUCCAGUCGAGGGUUGUAUUUAAAAAUAUAUGUAUCACUUGGAUAAAUAUGUCUUAUGUAAUUCCAUAGAGUAGAACAUGUAUUAGAACUGUCCAUUGUUAAAAUUAUUUUUAGUUGUAUGUUAGACUCUAUGUGAUGUUAAUUGACAAUUCACUCUCGUUUAUACAGUUAGAUGUUAGAUUCGCUUCUAGCAUGAGAUGCGAUGUCUGUGCUGGUCUCCCCACAAUUGAGGGAGGUGAUGGUCUCUCGGUAAUUGAUGUAGGAGGUGAUUGAUGAGAUGCAAUUGGCAGUAGUUCGACAGCAUCGUUACUAAUGAUGGUUGGUGGUUCACGAGCAGGAUUUGAGGUUAUGUCUCCAAAAACUUGACGUGAUGACUAUUGGUGAACGAUCACGCUCAGGGGAUCGUUGCCACGGCUCUUCACGUGACCACCGUCGCCCACGUCUGGAGUACUCGAUUUCAAACCAAUUGUGUAGAAAUGUUUCCUCAUCCUCUGCUUCACUUGGUAUGUCCUCUAAGGGUAUGGUCCUAAUACAUUCACACGUAUUCCACCACAAGCUGUUGAAAUCAAUGUCAUGGCGUGAAGACAUAAUAACAACCACACGAGCCCCUCAAAUUUCUUCUUAGCUUACAAAUUUAACUGUAGGGAGUGAAGCGGUAGAGCCUUCACAGCAGAAAGCUGCAGGAUGUGUACCAAUGAUGGUUAACGUAUGCGGUGAUUUGAAUAAGCCCGUCACACUUUUCCUUCCAACUAAUAAUUGCCUCCGGAUCGGUGUUGCGCUGCAACUCGCACCUUACUGAGGAAUAGUCUGGUUCCGAGCUUAUAGUUUCAGUCGCUGAUGCAGCCUUAAGCGCUUCUAAUGUUGUAGGGAAUGUACUGUCGGGUUUUAGAUAAUGGACGACACAAUCUACCUUGUUGCAGGAUGUCUCGAUGAUGUCCGGAGCCUCCUCGUCACAAUCACUGGUCCAGUGAUGACCGAAGUUGCAGACCUCUAGUUGGAAGUAGCCAUCCUCGGUGACGUGCACACGGCGGAAUCCCGGCGUUACUUCCGCGUACUUUGCAGUUGGAUCGAACGAAAUUUGCUUGAAUGACAUCUAUUAUUAUUAUUAUUGCACGCGUACAAUUUAUUUAAUUCUUUCAAUGAUGGACAGUCAUAUUCUGCUUGUACAUAUAAUAUUAGCACAUGUUGUUUACAAUAGUUAGUUAGCCACCGUUUCUGCUCUAUUCCUACAACCAAUACAACUCCGUUCAGAUGACUUGCCAAUAUGUCGGGUAUAGAAGCAUAAGGAAAGAGCCCGUGUUCCCACUGUAAACCAUGAAAAUUUCUAGUGAGCCAGGCAUUUGUUUUUUGAUGCUUCCGGGUGAGAUAUCGCCAUUCAAAUGGAGGUUGAAAGUUACUUGUUAUUACAUUUCCUUCAUCUGCAAUGCUAAGUUCCUUGAUAAUAAAUCCAUACUGACUAGAGAAGCCUUGGAGGUUUGAAGCAAUGUUUUACUAGACUCAAUAGCUCACUCACUGACAUGAGAAGUGUACAAUUAGAGCUUACCAACUACUUGCAUACUAUAGAAACGAAUUAGCAGCACUCGGUGGAUCAACUGAAUAAAAAUCUUUCUGAAAUGCUAAUAAAAUUAAGUGACAUGUUUACUUCGUUGUAGGAAAAUAAGCUCUUUUCAUUUGAAGGAAAGUUGCGUGAAUCGAUUUUGACUGGGGUUAAAGAUAUUCUAACAUCAAACUUAACAGAUUAUUUGCAGUCAAUAAGUGUAAGUAGCACAGGCAACACUCAGCAGUUUACACUAAUGGUUCGCACUAUCGAUAGUAUGAAGAAUGAUAUUCAUAAAUUACUUUCGCUCAUCAAUACAGGUUCGAAGCCUGCUGCUCCUUAACCAAUAGCUCUACCGAAGCCUGCGACUCCUAAACCAAUAGCUCCCCGUACUAAGCCUUAGACAUUGUAGGAUGUAAAUCUGGGCACACAAGUGCGAUCGAUCUAACAUUUAUUGGUUAAGGUUUAGAGCUAUAUAAGACUUCAGUUAUCUUGUUUGUCUUCACUUAUGUCGCUCGAGGCAGAUAAGCUAGACCACGUCAUUAAGAAUAUACAUGCUAAAUAUUUAUUAGCAAAAUGGGCUCGCUUAGAGCGUAAUGAAAUCAAUGAAGCUAUUUUUCAACCAAUUACUUCCCGACUAGAAAAGGUAGCACCUACGCCCAUUGUGAAACAAGAACCCUUACAAUCUACUUUUAAAAACCCUCAACCUAAGGCUACAUCUAGUAGCAGCAAUGAUGAUUUACCACUGAAUCUAUGGUAUAGGAAACAUCAGAAUUCAGAACCUACUAAAUCAGAUGAAUCCAAUACCGACGAAGCACAAACAUAUCUAAGUAAUUUUAACCCUAGAGUAAAUGAUGUGAUAUAUGGAGUAUAUCGUCGCAAAAACCGAUGGUUUAUAGGAAAUUCAGAAAUAUUCUUUCUCCCCAGAAGUGAGGUGCGUGUGAAUGAUGAAGUUGUUCGGGCUGCACCUGGCUUAUACGAACUACUAUUCGCACGAGAUCCAUCUGUAUACUCCGACAUGGCCUUAAAACAGUAUAGACAUUUACUUGAAAUCACAAAUGGAUAUUUAAAAAAUAAUAAUGCUUUGACUGGACAGUAUAAGACAUUGGAACAUCCAAAAUUCGGCAUUAUAUAUCAUAUGUUUGGAGGUAUCGAAUCGCAGCAGAAAGGUAGUGGACUGGUGCAAAAAACAUUUGAUUUGAAGCGCAAAAAGGAUUAUUUACUGGGAUGAUCCAAAUGAAUUAGUUUCUCGACUUCGCUUGUUACUGGCUUCGCAAUCAGCCGGUCAUACUGGUCACAAUAACGAAAUACUCUCUAUUCUGGAAGAACUGCGUGAAGCAGGUUACAUAUGAGUAAAGCCGGGAUUGCCCGAGAGCUUCCUGCUCCUGCAAGACGGAACUACAAACGUCAUAAGGUUAUAGUGUAUGGUCUUAAUGAUUUAUUUCAGGCAGACCUUGUUGAGAUGAUUCCAUAUUCACAAAUAAACAAUGGUUUCAAGUACAUGCUAACAGUCAUCGAUGUGUAUAGCAAGUUUGCCUGGGCUAGACUUGUACAAUUGAAGAAUGCAACUGAUGUAACCAAGGCUAUGACAGACAUUCUGUGUGAUGGGUGCAUACCGUCACACCUACAGACAGAUCUUGGCAAGGCAUUUUACAAUGCAGCCUUCAAGGCUUUGAUGAAAAAGCAUGCUAUCAAUCACUACACAUUUAGUAAUGUUAAAGCUUCUGUAGUAGAAAGGUUUAACAGAACAUUGCGCACCAGGAUGUGGCAUCAGUUCACAGUUUAUGGUAAUUACAAGUGGUUGGAUCUUUUGUCGAAACUUACAAGUGAAUAUAAUUCCACAGUGCAUUCUACCACGAAAAUGAAGCCUAAAGAUGUAAAUGAUGAUCGUCUGCUUGGGACUGUAUUCACCAACACAAAGAAGAAAGAUACACGAAAGCAUAAAGCUAAUGUUGGUGACAUUGUGAGAAUCUCCAAGCAGAAAGGUGUCUUUGAGAAAGGUUUCACGGCGAAUUGGAGUUGUGAACUUUACCGUGUGACACGUUCGUGAAUCGGAACCCAGGACCUACUACCUCGAAGACUUGGACCACAAGCCUAUUUGUGGUGGCUUAUAUGCUGAAGAGAUCCAGCCUACGAUGAAUCCGGACACAUAUUUGGUGGAAAAAGUUCUCAAACGAAGAAAUGGCCGGUCUUUUGUGAAAUGGUGGGGUUUCCCAUCUCAAUUUAAUUCGUGGGUAGCAGAUACAGAAAUCGAGAAGCGCUAAAGGUGAAUAACACCUCACUUACAUUUUUUUUCUAGUACUUAGGAAUGAUUAUUGUUUAUACAUACAUUACAUUAUUUAAAGUAUGAUUAUCGCACAGAAAUUAUCUCAUGUCAUUUAUGAAGUUGGGCAGUCUAAAUAUAUUUGGCUAUUCAGUUGUUCUAGCUCCUGUAGCGUACAUCUGUUUUGUCUGCUUCGAGAGAGAGGGGUGGGGGGAGGUUUGGAUUGUGUAACAGUUCGUUGAGGCUGUUGUUAACUUUCAGGAAUGCAUUGAAGGUUGAGUUCUAGGGCCUCACAGCAUCGCUCCGCUAACGUGGUAGUCUGCUUCUAACCGCGCUCCUAUCAUCAUGGCUUCCACCAGUGUUUGCGCGGAGAGUGUUUGUGAUUGUAAUUUAAACAGUGUUACGAUGGACGAUGUUCGGGAAUUUGUAAUGGAGGUAGUACUUUUUUACAUAGGUAUGGACUUUCAUGAUAUACAUUACCACCUUACAUCCUCUGCCCUCAACAUUCUCGCUGAGUUCCCUGAGGAAGAGGAAUUUAUUACUUAUUUAUAUCAGGCGGUUAUGACCUGCAUCGAGGCCGCAAAGGAAGCGCAAGAGGCGAACGAAGAUGUGGAUGAAGGAAUGGACAGUGGCUUGGGGGAUAGUGAUGAUGAUGACGAAUAAUAAAUUUGUGUGUACUACGACACCAAGGGUUGUUAUAACCAGUCUGACAUUCAGCAUCCUAGAGACAACAUCAGCACUACAGCCUUGCAGCCAUACCUGUAGAGCUAGCAUCAGCCUUGCAGCGCUAGCACUCGGCAGCUCUCAAUAUCAACUACGCGCAGCUUCACACAUCAGUUAUCGUGGUUACUGGCAAAAAUGUCAUUAUUUCUCUGCAACAUUCAGUGCCUCACAUCACAAAAGGGGUAUGUGGUUAAGCAACUUGCAGCAAUGUUCAUCGAGGAUGGUGAUGUAUUGAGGACCUACAAAUACAUAUUCAAACCGCCAUGUGACUGGUCCGAACUAGACAGACAGUCGCAAACUGACUUAUUAAGUGCAUGGACUCUCGUGGAACGAAGGUGAAGUGAGCUAUGACCAAAUCUCAUCAGUGUUAUGUGACAUCGUCAACCCUGAAGGAGAUGUAGUGUACAUCCUAGGAGACAAACAAAAAAUUAUAUUGAGUGAACUGUGCAGUGCCAACAUUGUUGAUUUACAUAAUGAAAGAAACUGUCCUAGCUUCAACAAACUUUUAAAGACUUAUGGAAACGGACUGGAUAAAUGUAUAAAAUGUAUGGAAAAUUCCAUUGCGCCCAUUGUAAUGUUCAGCUAUUUAAAUUCUGGCUAUUCGACCAUCCAUACUACUAUGUAUAAUUGAGUCUCUGGUUUAUGUAAAUAGGUUAUGUUGACUUUUUCACUAUGAUGUGUAGUGUGUGAAUGUAUGUAAUUUUUAUUACUCAUUAUUUACUUCUUUUAAAUCAGUGAUUUUUCUUAUCCCUUGUUGUUUUAAUAAGAUUUAAAUAAAUAUGUGUUUAACAUUUACAAUGUUUGCUUUAAUUUAAAAAAAAUCAUUUAAUGGUCCCUCUUAUUAAAAAUUGUUUUGAAUUCAGAGUAUUUAAAAAAAAUUGUAACUAUAAGUUAUUAACCUCCUCAGCUAGAGUGAUUGCUUUAAUACAUAAAUUCUAACACUACCUUCGAGAUGUCUUCUGCCACUAUGAGAGGAAGAGAGAGACUCCACACAACACUUCAAAACACCAGUAUUUUAUAAAUACUCUAUCAUCAAACCUAAACAUAUAAAGGCAUACAUAAAUAAAUAAUAAACAUAGUUUAGAAUAUGGCUACAGGUUCCAAACUUAUAUCGACUUGCCUCGACUGGUUACACAUUGCAUAACACUUGUAGGUUUUUAAAUUCAAACUUGGCGCCAUCCGGCGACAAUGCCUUGAAUUAAAGAUGGCCGACAGUGGCGCCAUCUGGUAGCGACUUUAUGCAUUAAAGAUGGUGGCAACAGAGAACUUGGUGAAUACAGGCUACCGACUUGUCUCGUCUUGUCCCCCCCGACUUGUCUCGACUGUCUAGACUUGUCUCGACUCGUUCCCGACCUGUCUCGACUGACUACAUAACACUUGUAGGUUAUUUACUUAAUAGGUAUAUACAGUUAAACGAGUAAUCCCCCUAUAAGCAUACAUUCAGGGACUUUGACAAUGAAAAUUCUCGUGUGUGAGUCUGAUGCGCAUAAUGGUACGUAUACUUUGACGUAUCAUGCCACACCUCUCCGGUCACGAUGGUUGCUAGUGACACUAUCUACCAACUAGGGUUCUUGAAUUUUAAUUUGGCACGCUCCAGUGGUAACUUCAAGAAUUAAAGAUGGCGACGGUGGCGUGCUCUGAUAGCAACACUAGGAACUAUGGAUGGCUACGGUGGCAUCAUCUGGUAUCGAUUAUAUGAACUAAAAGAUGGCGACGGUGGCACCAUCUACCAGCCAACUUGAGAACCAAGAUGGUGGUGCCUCUGGCAACUAAUUUUUGAAUUUGGUGUACGAUACUAGCGACAUCUACCAGCCAACUUGAGAACCAAGAUGGUGGUGCCUCUGUCAACUAAUUUUUGAAUUUGGCGCGCGAUUCUAGCGAAUCUACAGGCUAACUUGAGAACCAAGAUGGCGGCUUGCGACAUCUGUCUGCCGACUCUCUAACUAAUAUUUGAAUUUGGUGCCAUCUGGUAGUAUGUGCUGAAAUUAAAGAUGGCGGCAGUAUAAUAAUUAAAUUUGAAUUUCAAAUGUGGAGCCUUAGGUAUGCUAAUGCAAAAUCGGCUAGCUUGUGAACAUCUCAUUGUAGUGCAAAGUUAGAGUUCCAGUUCAAGCCAAAUUUUGUUUUUGUAUUUUUAGUUUUUUAUUUUAAAUUUUUUAUUAUUAUUUUUUUGUAAUUUUAUGAUAUCUAAGAAAACUUUUGAUGGUUUUCUCCGAGUGCUUCUAAUUAUUCCUGACUCGACAUCUUAUGGUUUUCUCCGAGUGCUUCUGGUUACAGAUGAUAAAUUGAUCUCUGCAUGAAGGAUUUUUUUACUUAAUGAGGUAUGUCAUUUUUUUUCAAGGUUACAUGUAAUUUGUGAAUUUCUGCUACUUAAUCAACACUUGUAAUAUUUUUAACAGGUGGAAAUUAAAAAAUAAUAUCAUUACUUAGUCAAAUAAUAAUAAUCUCUGAGAAAUCUAAGAAGCACUAACAGGAAGGACGAACUUCCUUCUCCUUGGAGUCUAGCGAAGCCAUCCUUCUUUUGCGAUCGUUAGUGAGCAUCCGGCAUCCCGCAUAAAAUAACUAAAUAUUAUUUACCUGCAAGUAACAUGUGGCGACAUCUGUUGUUGAAAAGCAGAACUACUUGCAACAAGUACCUUUGAAUGAGAUAAAUUAAUUCUCUCUGAUGAAAUAAUUAAAAAAUUCUUUUUAAGUAAUAUAUCUAAUUUAAAACUAUUAGUUUGCAUCUGGCAUUAGUUUCAGUAACUAAUAUGAAUCCUGAUUCGGGAUUUGUUGCUGUAUCAAAACGUCAUCACUGUAGAUACUGUAGCAAGGUGUUUACCUUGAGAAAGAAUGCUAAACGACAUGAGAGAAGCGAGUGUAAUUUGGGUCCUUGUCAAAAACCAUUUCAUUGCAGUCAGUGUCAGAAAUCCUUUGGUAGAAGAUAUUACUUGGAUAGACAUUACAAGACCUGUACAAUUAAGAUGAAUAAAGAUAACGAAGACUGGGCUACAACAUCGCGGAAGAGGAACGAAGGCGAAAAAGCUAAUGCUAAAAUUACUGAUAUAGAUCAAGAUAAUAAUUUAAAAUUUAAAACAAACGAAGGAAGUUGUAACCACAUUAGAAAUGAAAAUAUAUUUACUCCAAUAUCUAGUCGUCUCCAUGAAAAUGUGAAAGAUGGAGAACCACCUGAAGCUUACAAGGUCGAAGACUUUGAUGAAUCAUCUGAAGCUGGCAUGAUUGAAGAUUGUGGUGACACAUCUGAGGCUGACAUGAUUGAGUACUGUACUGAAGCACCUAAAGCAGGCAAGAUCGAAGACUGUGAUGGAGGUCUGAGACCAAAACGAUGGAAAUGGCGUAAUAAAAUAAAUUAUCCUGAUCAAGUUUGUGAUGCUGACAUGAUUGAAGACUGUGGUGACACAUCAGAAGCUGGCAUGAACGAAGACUGUGCUGACACAUCUAAGGCUGACAUGAUUGAGUACUGCGCUGAAGCACAAAAGCAUGCAAGAGCGAAGACUGUGAUGGUGGUUUGAGACCAAAACGAUGGAAACAUAAUAAAAUAAAUUAUCCUGAUCAAGCUUGUGAUAAUCACUGGCAAGAUGACGAAAGUGACCUUGUGGUUGGUGUUAAAACGAUAGACACCAGAUAUGAUAAUAUUUAUUAUAAACAUGCAAGGAUGAUGAACGCAGCAGAAGAGAUUGAUUAUACCUCAUGGGAAGAUCCUAACAUAUUGGUUGACAGGCUACGACUACUACAUGGAUCGCUUUGUGCUGGAAACUAUUCGAACAUUAAAGAAAUAUCCUUCAUAUUCAAAGGACUGAGGGAAGCUGGCUACAUACAAUAAUGGCUUAAAUUAAAUGUAUGUGUAUAAACUUGAAGAUAAAUUAAUAUAUUUUCUUUCCAGAUGGUAUCUACCAUUUAUCGAAAUUUGAUUUCUAAAUAAAACUUAUAACUUAAAGGUGUAAAAUAUGUUACCACUGCCAGUCAAAAUGUAUACUAAUAAAGACAUGUUAGUAAUCAUGCCAAGUUCGAUAAGAAAAGUAAUUGGAAUCAGUUGGAACCAAUUGAAGAUGGAGCUGUUGGAGCCAUUUGGAGCCUUUGGAACAUUUGGAGGCUGUUGUAGCAUUUGGAGCCUUUUGGAGCAUUUGGAGUCAUUUGGAGUCAUUUGGAGCUGUCGGAGCCAUUUGGAGCAUUUCGAGCUGUCUUAAGCAUUUGGAGCAUUUGGACCAUUUGGAGCAUUUUGAGCCAUUUGGAGCUGUUGGAGCCAUUUGGAGCUGUUGGAGCCAUUUGGAGUUGUUGGAGACAUUUGGAGCAUUUGGAGCUGUUGGAGCUAAGAAGUAGUCGUUGCACGUCUAUGUAGGGCUAAAUGUUUAUAAGAUUGCUGGCUUUCGCAAGUGAUCCUGUAGUAGGAUAGAUAUUGUGUAAUAAAUAUUAUGUUUGUAAAAGACUGUGGUGUUUUAUUUCUCGAACCUUACACUUUUCUGGUAUUUAAAUUAAAUUUAUUUUAGCUUCGUCCAGGAUCGUGCCAAGGACCUUAGUCGACCUAAUUAAUCAGUAUAUUGUUUGCAAAUUUAUUUAAUGAAUUUUUAACUUUUUCCUUAAUUUCUAGGUUAAUUAUUACGAAUAUUCCAAGAUGUUGGUCUUGAUGUCUGAUAGGAUGAUGGUAGUAGAGGAUUUAAAGUCUCUUUAAGAAUGUUGAACGUGGUUUAUUGAAAUUAUUAUUUUUUUCAUAAAAUUAAACAUUAUUGCAUCGAUCGAGUAUCGAACCAAGGACUGGAGCGGAUCGAAUCAAUAUGUAAAUUAAUGAGUGUUUUUUUUCGAUGAAUUUUGGAUUUUUUCCCGCUUUCCUAGCUACUUUAUUACACGAUUUCAAGAUGGCGCCCAAAUUUCAAGAUGGCGGGGGCACCUCGGUAAUAAAUGAUUACUGCACUGUAGAGGAUUAGAAUAAAAUUAUCCAGAUGGAAAUGUACUCUAUAAUACGAGUACACACACAAGAUGGUUUACUCCAGCAGGUGGUAGCUCCUGGUAGCAUGUACUGAGCAUAAAAUGUCGUUUCCGUGAUGGUCGACAAGGACAAAGUCAAAUUUCAAGGCCAAGGUCAAAUUUCAAGGUCAAGGACCAUGGUCAAGGACAAAUGUGAAGGUCAAAUUUCAAGGUCAAGGUCAAAUUUAAAGUCCAACGUAAAAGUUCAAGGUCAACGUAAAAGUUCAAGGUCAACGUUAAAGUUCAAGGUCAAGGUCAAAUUUCAAGGUCAAGGUUGAAUUUCAAGGUCAAAGUUCAAGGUCGAGGUUGAAUUUCAAGGUCAAGGUCAAAGGUGUGGUGACCAGAUAAUUAUACUAACAUGGUAUCAGCACACUCUAGCGGACGAAAACAAGAUGGUGAUCUGCAGCGGGUGAUUUCAAGAUGGCGGCCGUCACCAAAAGUGAAACGGUGGUUUUAAGGAUUUUUUUAUUAUUUAAUUAGGAUGAUUAAUUUUUUUUAAUGAUUUUUAAAUUUUUUCCCGAAUCUCUAGCAUUAAAGUUACGUAUUUUCAAGAUGGCGGACAUGACCUCAUGCUCACUGGUGAGAUAUAUGCUUUGAAAAAAAGUGGUGGUUGUCAGUCUGCCUGCAGCCACUGUGAGAAAGGAUCGGUCGCCAUUUUAAUUUUUUUUGCAUUCGUCGGGUUCGAACUCCGUGCUCCGUUUCGUAAAUGUAUGUUUUUAAAUUAGUUUUCAUUAAAAAAAAUUUUAAUAAAUUUUAAAUCUUUUUUUAUUAAAAUCGGAUAAUAAUUAAAAAAGUUAAAGAUGGUGGCGUAACGAUAAUUGCAACGGUGACGACAUAAUCCAAGAUGGCGGUCAUGGUAUCCUUAUUCCUAGAAAUGGCUUAUCGGAGGCUGUAGACAUGCAUGCUUAAGCCAGUUUAAGGAAUUUUCAGCCGCUGGGAUUUUUUUUGGACUAAAACGGGAAAUUUUCCCUUUAAACGGGACAUUUUUCCCUCGAAAAGAGAAAUUUUUAGAGAAUUUUUGGCGGAAUUUUUUUCCUAAGAAAUGUAAAUUUUGGCGGAUUUUGAGGAAUUUUGGGCAAUUUUUGCCCAAUUUUGGGAAGUUUUGAGGGUCAAAUGUCAAGGUCACAACCAUCCAAGAUGGCCGCCGUGACGUCACAAUCCAAGAUGGCGGACCGACAAUCACAAUCCACACCCAGAACCCAGUGCCAGCUCCGCCAUUUACAUACUACUAUUAGCUAUUUCAGACCAUCCGCAACAAAGGAUGAGUUUUUUUCGUCGUGUUAAAUGUUUACUAGUUUGUUAGGGCGUAUUCUGACGAAUAUGUACCCAGGAAUGAUUAGUUUAUGUAAGUAAAAACCCUCCAUACCAUGUGAAACAGCACCAUACUAAAGUUGUUAUAGCGAAGUACUAAUUGAAUGAACAUUGAGUUUAAAUUAUAUUAUCAACAUUUUAAAAGACUUUAAAUAACCAAAAACAGUUAAUGUUAUUGUAAUUGUAAGCAAUCUAAUUUAUCAAUUUUAACCUAGAGGUGAAACAAGAGAGAUAGUUUUGUGUUCUACCGAUCGUAAAAACUGAGCUAAAGCCUAGGUACACGAACUGAAAUUGUUAUUUAAACACUUGAUUUUGUGGAUUGUUAACUCGUUCAUCACGCAAAAGUGCAACAUAUUACGUAUUUUUGAAUGGACCUAAAUGAACUGUUGUAUCGUAAUCAUGUGUGCGAGGUAAAUAUCCAGAUGAUUAACGAACAUAAUAGUCAUUCCACAACCCAGUUCAGUAAUUUAUUGAUAAUAAAUUUUAUUUAAAUAUUUUUAUUUAAUAUUUUUUGUAAUUAAUAAAGUUUCAACGUAUGUUAAUUUUCCUGACCAAUUUCCCGAGUUGUGAAUGAACCUGUCAUAUUACCCUAUGCUUUGUGUUGUGUCUAAUACUCAUUUGUGUUAAGUGGAUUAGGCCCUUGUGUAGCAAUAGGGGCCGAUGUAAUAAAUUGCCACACAUGUAAUUAAAUACUACACAUAAUUACCAGAACCUGAAUAAUAUCUGUGUUGUUUGACCUACCCUUAUACACUAUUACAAAUUAUAUAUAUAUAUAUAUAUAUAUCGACAGAAAGUGGUAGUAACCAACAGUCAAACCUAUCUAGCAUAAUAAUAGUAGAAAGUAGCUGAGUGGGGAAGAGCACAGCACAGCUUAGAAUUUCUAUAAAUUUUCGGUUAUUGAUUAAUUAA